CUACAAAAUUUUCAAACAUGGCCCCUAACAUCAACAGUAACAAAACUGCCACUCUCACCGCUAAAGCUCCAAUCCCUCCCAAAAGGGCAUACGUUACGUUCUUGGCUGGGAACGGUGACUACGUUAAGGGCGUGGUGGGGUUAGCCAAGGGACUCAGGAAGGUUAAGAGCAAGUACCCACUUGUGGUGGCUCUUUUGCCUGACGUGCCGGAGGAUCACAGGAAGAUACUUAUAGAGCAAGGAUGCAUACUCAAGGAGAUCGAGCCUGUGUAUCCACCCGAGAACCACACCCAGUUUGCCAUGGCUUACUAUGUCAUUAACUAUUCCAAGCUUCGUAUCUGGGAGUUUGUUGAGUAUUCCAAGAUGAUAUACUUGGACGGUGACAUCCAAGUGUUCGACAACAUAGACCACUUGUUCGACAUGGAAGAUGGUUACUUUUAUGCAGUGAUGGAUUGUUUCUGUGAAAAAACCUGGAGCCACACCCCACAGUACAAGAUUGGCUACUGCCAACAGUGCCCUAACAAGGUCCAGUGGCCUUCUCAGCUAGGUCCUAAGCCUCCUCUUUACUUCAACGCCGGCAUGUUUGUGUAUGAACCCAUAGUUUCCCUCUCUGAGGACCUGUUGAACACUCUCAAAAUUACUCCUCCUACCCCAUUCGCGGACCAGGAUUAUCUGAACAUGUUCUUUAGGGACAUUUACAGGCCUAUUCCUCCAAUCUACAACCUGGUGAUGGCCAUGCUAUGGAGCCAUCCGGAGAACAUUGAGCUCGAAAAGGCCAAGGUUGUUCACUACUGUGCUGCUGACUCCAAACCCAGGCGGUAUACAGGCAAAGAAGAGAACAUGGACAGGGAAGACAUUAAGAUGAUGGUGGGAAAAUGGUGGGAUAUUUACAAAGAUGAGUCGCUUGACUACAAAACUGUUGUAGCUUCUCGCGAAGCAGAAGCUGAUGAGGAUGACGGAGCAGGCCUGCAACUGCAACAAUUUUUCGCAGCAUUGCCGGAGGCCGGUAUUGUUCAUCAUAUUAAAGCCCCAUCCGCUGCGUAAUUUGGUGGAUGAUAUGGAUUAUUAAUACUAUACAUUACAAUAUAAUACACCUAAAUUGUGCAGAUGGCAUUAAAUGUUGUAAUUUUCUUCUUUGUAAUUGUAUUUGAUCCGUCCUUACAUUUUUUUUAAAGGGACAGAUAUUUUAUCAGAAAAAUAAUAGGAUUAGGACUAUGAUUAUGUUAUCCUUAUGGCUAUUUUCUAUGAUUUGAUUAUUUGUAGUCUCAUUUGUAAAUGUGGACAUUUUAGUACCCCAAUGAA